AUGCAGGGCAUGUAUAGCAGCAUCGUGGGUGAAGCCACUCAUGCAGCACUUCUACCCUUCGUUGCUCUCUUAAUGCUCAUUGUUUUUCUCCCUUUGUUUCGGCACUUCCACCAAGACCCUUGUCAUCAUGUUCAUCCUCGCCUACCAUCACCUCAUCGCUUACCUAUCAUAGGUCACCUCCACCUCCUCUCAGCCCUUCCACAUCAAUCCUUCCACCGCCUAUCCCAGCACCUCGGACCCAUUUUCUCCCUUAGCCUCGGCUCCAUACCAUGCAUCAUCGCUUGCUCCUCUUCUGCUGCUCGCGAGUUUCUUAAGACACAUGACUCUUCCUUUCCCAAUAGACCAUUCACUAAGGCUGUCUCCAUUCUAACAUAUGGUUCUUCUAACUUCUCAUUUGCUCCUUACGGCAGCUUUUGGCGCUUCACCAAGCGACUCUAUAUGAUGGAGCUUUUCAGCACUCGAACCCUUGAGCAAUUUCGCCCAAUUCGUCGCGAUGAGCUUAGACGACUCCUUGUGGAGUUGCACGCCAAAGCCAAAGAAGGUGAGUUUGUAGACUUGGGCGCAGAGAUGACAAAGAUGACAAACAAUGUGACUAAUCGCAUGGCUGUUAGCCGACGAUGCUCGGGAACAAAUGCUGAGGCUGAUGAGGCAACUAGGUUGGUGAUGCAAACAACAGAGCUGCUAGGAAAGUUUAACGUUGCAGAUUAUUUAUGGUUUUGCAAAAAUUUGGAUUUGUAA